AUGGCGAUGAUGCAAGGGGUUCAAAAGAACACCCUCUACGUUGGAGGUUUAGCGGAAGAGGUCAACGAAUCCAUUCUUCACGCAGCGUUCAUACCAUUCGGAGACAUUAAGGAUGUCAAGACUCCUCUUGACCAAGCCACUCAGAAGCAUCGCUCUUUCGGCUUCGUCACUUUCCUUGAACGGGAAGACGCUUCCUCCGCCAUGGAUAAUAUGGACGGUGCUGAACUCUAUGGUCGCGUCCUCACCGUUAAUUACGCCCUUCCUGAAAAAAUUAAGGGUGGUGAACAGGGAUGGGCUGCUCAACCAAUUUGGGCUGAUGCGGAUACUUGGUUUGAGCGGCAGCAACAGGAGGAGGACAUGCGCCGCCUGGAAGCAGAGAACAAAGCUGCAAUGCUGGCUGCUGAAGAACUGCACAGGAAGCAAGUAGCCGAAGAGCGAGAAGGAGAGAAAGAGGAAAUUGAGAUUAAGGAUGAUCCUAUGGCAAGGGCUGAAGCAGAGGUUGUUGGCAAUUGA